AUUUUGUAUUUGAUAAAAUGCAUUCGAAAUUUUAAAUCUUCUUGAACGAGACUAACCAUUGUGGGUAACCCUAGUCAUCCUAGUUAUGUUAUCUAACUUAAUCCGAAUCACUCUAUAAAUAAGAACAAAUUGCCAUUUGAGAGAAGUGGGGUGAAAAAGAGAAGAGAAGAAAAGAAAAGAUGGACAGGCAAACUCAGAGAGUGAAGGCUAGAGUUAUCAAAGUGGAGACAGAAGACUCUUGGGAUUUUCUCAUCACUCAGGCUAACAACCGAGGCUGCCCCGUUAUGGUACAUUUUGCAGCUGCUUGGUGUGUGCCUUCAGUUGCCAUGAAUCCCUUCUUUGAAGAACUGGCCAGGAGCUAUCAAGAUAUUCUGUUUCUUUUAGUAGAUGUGGAUGAUGUUAAGGGAGUAGCAUCCAAGAUGGAGAUCAAGGCCAUGCCAACUUUUUUGUUGAUGAGGCAAGGAACUCAGAUUGACAAGCUUGUUGGUGCCAAUCCUGAUGAGAUAAGGAAAAGGAUUGAUGGUUUUGCUCGCCAAAUUCGCUGUUAUAAAGCUACAUAAAAAUUUUAAUAUCUUCAAUCUCUUCUCAUAUUUUCAGAUUGAGAUUUCUUUUAUAAAAAAAAAAAUUAUAUAAAAAUUUGGUCGUUGUCGACAAAUUGUAAAUAAGAUAAUUAGUGUUUAAUCCCUUUUUUUUUUUUUUGUGUGGAUAUGGAUUUGUUUGUCUUUUAACUUGGUUGUAAGAAGUGAAAUACUAUCACUUUCUUUGUUAUAAAUUUGAGGAUUUUAUUUUGAAUAUGUUUAAUUUAUAAUAAGGUUUGCCAACAA